CACACGCUAAAGGAAAGCGGACCCCGACGGCUUUUUCAGUCAACUUUCUUCCUCGCAACUUUGUCAGCUAAUCAUCUCCCAGAAAAUGAACUCCUCUCUCUCUCUCUCUCAAUCAAAUCAAUGACAAAGAAAUCCACUACUAAUUCCAGCUUUCUUCUUCUCCCAUGCUCAGAAUUUUCUCCCUCCUCCUUCUUUUAGAUUUUUCCAGAACCCUAAAAAUCUCGCCCAAUUCUAUUUCCUCCAGGGAGUGCUCAUUGUCAAUUUCAAUUUCUGCUACUAUUUUGCUUUACCCGUGAUUUCCCCCCUAUUUCAGCAAGUUUUGAUCAAAUUAGGGUUUCAAUUUGGAAGUUUUUCGUCGAUGUUGCGAGAUUAAUUGCAUUCGUUCCGGAAGGUGCUCAUUGUGAAAAUUAACUUGUGCUACUGUUUCUGAUUCUUCCUAAAAUUUUCCUCAUUUCAGUAAAUUUUGACUAAAUUAGGGUUUAGAUUUUGAGCUAUAUCUUCUUCAAUGUCGUGAGAGUAGAUGGCGGCGGUUGCGGCGACGGCAGAAGAGAAGAAAGAGAAAAUGUCGGUGACGGAGUUGAAGGAACGGCAUGUCGCUGCAAUUGAGCAAGUUAAUUCUCUCAGAGAGCAGUUGAAGCAGCGACGUCGUCUUCUUCUUGACACUGAUGUUGCGAGUUUUGCGGCGGCGCAAGGGAAGAAGGCGGUGAGCUUUGGACAGACUGAUCUUGUGUGCUGUAGAACAUUGCAGGGUCAUACUGGAAAGGUUUAUUCACUAGAUUGGACCCCCGAUAAAAACCGAAUUGUUAGUGCAUCUCAAGACGGAAGGUUGAUUGUGUGGAAUGCCCUAACUAGCCAAAAGACUCAUGCCAUCAAGCUACCUUGUGCAUGGGUGAUGACAUGUGCUUUCUCUCCUAGUGGUCAAACAGUUGCUUGUGGUGGCCUUGAUAGUGUCUGCUCAAUAUUCAACCUUAAUUCGACCACCGAUAGAGAUGGGAAUCUGCCUGUUUCAAAAACUCUUAGCGGGCACAAGGGGUAUGUGUCGUGCUGUCAAUACAUUCCAGACGAAGAUACCCACUUGAUUACCAGUUCCGGUGAUCAGACCUGCAUUUUGUGGGAUACAACUACGGGAUUAAGAACAUCUGUCUUUGGAGGUGAAUUUCAAUCUGGCCAUACUUCUGAUGUCUUAAGCAUUUCAAUCAGUAAAGCAAACAGCAAAAUGUUUGUAUCCGGCUCGUGUGAUUCCACUGCUCGACUAUGGGAUACUCGUGUUGCAAGUCGUGCUGUGCGAACAUUUUAUGGCCACGAGGGAGAUGUAAAUACUGUGAAGUUUUUUCCAGAUGGCAACAGAUUUGGCACUGGAUCCGAAGAUGGCACGUGCAGAUUGUUUGACAUUCGUACUGGGCAUCAACUUCAAGUGUACUACGAGCCACGUGGUGAAAAUGAAGUUCCUCCCGUUAAAACUAUUGCUUUCUCUGUAUCAGGAAGACUUCUCUUUGCCGGGUAUUCGAAUGGUGAUUGUUAUGUUUGGGACACGUUACUAGCAGAGGUGGUUCUGAAUUUAGGGUCUCUUCAAAACUCGCAUGGUGGAAGGAUCAGUUGUCUGGGCUUGUCAGCUGAUGGGAGUGCCCUCUGCACUGGAAGUUGGGACACGAACCUAAAGAUUUGGGCUUUUGGUGGUCACAGGCGGGUAAUCUAAUCUCUAAUGACAGCUAAAUGGUCUCACUUAAUCAUUAGAUUCAUCACUGUUUGAGCCAACAUACUCAAUUCUACUCUCAAGUAGUAUAUUGUAAAUUAACACACUAUUGUAUUUCUCUUUUCUUGUAAACCUUCAUGGAGAUGCUAAUGAUUUAGUUAUAGUUAUCGUCUUCUCGUUGCAAUUCUGUGAAUUUUGGUGUGAAAACCUGUGAGAAUUGUUGUAUUGAGCUUUGAAUGCCCCGGAAUCCCCGGAUUAUCAUAAUAUUCAGGCAAUAUUGGUUGUGACUUGUGAAUGCAUUCUCCUUUAUAAGUUGUUAUGACUGAUAAGAUUAAAACAGCAGCCCCAUUGUGGAUUUCAAUAUGAGAGGCAGUAGGAAAUUCAUAUAAAUAGUACUUCUACAGAGUUCUACCUCCGUUCUUGAAAGUUUUUUACGCUUUUCGUUUUAGUCCGUUUUUAAAAGUUUUUUACACUCUACUUUAUUUCAUUUUUACUCUCAUUUGGCCCAUCAUAACUUACAAACUCAUAAUACUUUCAUUCACUCACAUUGUUGGACAAUUUAUAGCCAUUCAUUUUCCAUUUGAUACUCUUCCAUCACAUGUUCACCAAAAUUCCAUAAUUACCCUGCAAAUAGUAAGCGCAAAGAUCAUUUAGGAACGGAGGUAGUAUAUAUGUUAGUCAAAGGAUCUUGCAUGCACCCGGUAUACAAUUAUUUAUCGUAAAUUGGAUUACUUUUUACCACUGUUUGGUAAUUGUUAACAUAUUUUAACUAACUUUUUUAUAUUAUGAAGUAAUUUUUGAUGGGAUAAACUUUGUAAAGGUUAUAUGGUUACUUUAUAUAUGUGAUUUUGAAAUGAUAUUUUUAUUAAAAAUUAAAAUUAAAAUUCUAUCACUUAAAAUAAAUAAGUUUAACACUAUAUUGUGAUAGUUUUAAACAUUUUUAUGCAUCACCUUGCACUAUUUAUUGGAUGUAAAAUUUCAACAAAAAUAUCCUUUAAAAAUAAUUUCAGUUCGGUAAUAGUCGGACGAAUAGGCCUGAACAUAAAAGGAGCACCAAGCCACCAAAAGAAGAAAUCGAACAAAAAAAGUAGGAGUUGACAGCCCAGAGAGGGAAAAAACAGAAGAAGAAGAUGAUCUACAGAAAGUGGAGUUUGCUUACCAGCACCGCCAUGAUCACCGGCGGAAUCGUCGGCGCCGUCGCCCUCGGCAAUCUCCUCUUUAAUCGCAAAGAUCCUCUUGCUAUGCCAGAAUUGAAGAAAGAAAAUGUAGUUCCGUUGAAGUAGAUGUGUUUCUCAAGUGUUGCAUUGAGAGUUUGACCCAAGUUCCUUCUGACGUUUGUUUGUUUUUAUCUUUUAAUUUUUAGCUGGAAUUGGUGAAUAAAAUCUUAAUGACAAUCUGAAACUGUAGUUAUGUAGCCAAAUAAACUUCAUCUUGUGGUUAAAGACAUCAUUUGGCGAUUCAUGCCUCCACAUUCCACAAUGGGAAAGCUUGUUGUGGUAUCAUUUUAACA